CACUACGUUAGCCAGCUAGCUAAUGUAGCUAGGUGUUGUUCAGGCGGUGGCUGUUCAAUAAUACGUGGCGUUUUGCUUGUUUUUUUUUUUUUUUGGGGGGGGAGGCCACAGUCCUUAACUUGACUGUUUGCAAAGAUUUGAAAUACAGUUAUACCUUACUCUGCAAUGGACGUUGACGUGAAGAGGCUGAAAGUGAACGAAUUGAAAGAGGAGCUGCAGAAAAGGGGGUUAGAAACCCGCGGCUUGAAGGCGGACCUGGUGGACAGACUGAAGGCUGCUUUAGAGAGUGAAGCUGCGGCGCAGGAUGCGCGAGAAAACAUACCUGAUGAUGGACAGCAAACCGUAGCAGGCUACGAAGACGAGGGCUCUCGGAUCAAAGACGAGACAAAAGGCAUCCCUGAUAUAGAUCACGAUGUUCCUGACUUCUCUGUAGAUGCCGGCGUGAACAGACUGGAGCCUGAAGUCAAACCUGAAACCAAGAUACUGCCCGUCUACCCAGAAGAGCAAGCAGGUGAGGUGAAGGAGGAGGAGGAGGAAGAUGUAAAGCCAGAACGGCAGCAGGAUCCUGGAGCAGCCAGUGAGCGGGAAGAGGCCCAGCAGGCUUCACGUUACACAUCCCACCAGGACAACCAGGCACCUUACGGCCGCAAAAGACACCACGAUGAUGCCCAUGGAUAUAGUUACUACGAGCAUCGAGAGGACAAGAGAUCCCGCUCACCUCAGCCUCCAGCCGAAGAAGAUGAAGAGGAUUUUGAUGACACAUUAGUGGCCAUUGAUACCUAUAAUUGCGAUCUGCACUUCAAAGUUGCCCGAGACCGCUACAGCGGCUACCCUCUCACCAUCGAAGGCUUUGCUUACCUGUGGUCCGGCGCACGCGCCUCGUACGGUGUGAACAAGGGCCGUGUCUGCUACGAGAUGAGGAUAACGGAAGAAAUCUCGGUCAAACAUCUUCCCAGCAGUGAGCCUGAUCCACAUGUAGUGAGAGUGGGCUGGUCUCUGGAUUCCUGCAGCACGCAGCUUGGUGAAGAACCUUUCUCUUACGGGUAUGGUGGAACAGGAAAAAAAUCCUCCAGCUGCAGAUUUGAAGAUUAUGGGCAGAGAUUUAAUGAAAAUGACAUCAUUGGAUGCUAUAUCGACUUUGAGAGUAGUCAUGAAGUGGAGAUUUCAUUCUCUAAGAACGGGAAGUGGUUGGACGUAGCAUUCCAGGUGAGAAAGGAUGAGCUGGCUGGUCGAGCGCUUUUCCCUCAUAUCCUGGUGAAGAACUGUGCUGUGGAGUUUAACUUUGGUCAGAAGGAGGAGCCAUUCUUCCCUUCGCCAGAGGGAUAUGUGUUCAUCCAGACUGUUGCACUGGAGGACAGGAUUAGAGGCACCGUGGGUCCUGCCACCAAGGCGGACUGUGAGAUCUUGAUGAUGGUUGGUCUGCCUGCCUGUGGCAAAACCACUUGGGCAGCCAAACAUGCUGAGAUGAACCCUGAGAAGAAAUACAACAUACUUGGCACCAAUGCCAUUAUGGAGAAGAUGAAGGUGAUGGGUCUGAGGCGUCAGAGGAAUUAUGCAGGUCGCUGGGAUGUUCUCAUUCAGCAAGCCACUCAGUGUCUGAACCGACUCAUCCAGAUCGCCGCGCGCAAGAAACGCAACUACAUUCUGGACCAGACAAAUGUAUAUGGAUCAGCCCAGAGACGAAAAAUGCGUCCCUUUGAAGGGUUUCAACGCAAGGCUAUUGUAAUUUGUCCCACGGACGAGGACUUAAAAGAGCGAACGUUAAAGCAAACUGAUGUGGAAGGGAAGGAUGUGCCCGAUCAUGCUGUUUUAGAAAUGAAAGCUAACUUUGUGCUGCCGGAGUCUGGAGAUUUCCUGGACCAGGUCACCUUCAUUGAGCUGCAGAAAGACGAGGCAGAGAAGUUAGUGAAGCAGUACAACGAGGAGGGUCGGCGGGCUGCGCCUCCGCCUGAGAAACGCUUUGAUAACCGACAAAUGGGUUACCGCGGCCAAAGCAGCAGCUUCCAACGCUAUGACAACCGCGGAGGGCCAAGAGGAGGCUAUCAGAACCGUGGCAGCUCUGGAGGAGGAUACAGACCAGGUUUUAAACGUGGAGGCUACAACCAGAAUGGCUGGGGUGGGAAUUACAGAGACAACAGCUCGAGAGGUGGCUACAACCGUAACCAGAACUAUGGAGGAAGCUACAACAGCAACCACCAAGGCUCCUAUAAUAAGGAUGGAUACAGCCAGAGCUAUAACCAAGGAUAUAACCAAGACUAUAACCAAGACUAUAACCAGAGCAACUAUAACCAAGCCAACUACAACCAAGGAAGCUACAACUACAGUAAUUACAACCAGUAUCCUGGAUAUGGGCAAGGCUACAGUGAUAAUCAAGCCUCUGGGUACAACCAGCAACAGAGCUACAACCAGCAGUACCAGCAGUAUGCCCAGCAGUGGCAACAGUACUACCAGAACCAGAGCCAGUGGAACCAGUACUACAGCCAGUACGGCAACUACUCUGGGCAGCAGGGCAACAGCCAGGGCCAGUGAAGUGCGUCCCCUCCGGCUACGUUCUUGUAAUUCGUGUAAUAUUUCUUGCUCCUGCACGCGUCAUCACACACCCUAUUUCCCCCCCACCGCCCACCCCAAGAUAGGAUCCCUUUCUAUCCAGCCUUGUCCAGCCAUUCUCGUCAUCCUAGCAGAUAUGCUGCAUUUAGGAUUCUUUUGUAGUUGGUUUUGAGAAAUGAUGCUGAUCUGGUCCAGUCAGAGAACAUUUAUAUUGUAAUUUAGCUUAUAUACAUGAGGCAGAAUCCAAUUUAAAAAUGCAGGUGAGGGUUAAAUGUUUUAGGUGGCUCUUUGACAGUCCUGAAAUCUUAACCUUACAGCAAGUAGAGGUAGUGCUGCAAUAUAACGAUAUAGGACAUAUUUGAGGAUAUUUCACGGAUAAAGAUGAACCUGCAUUAAUUUGACCACACUUUUUUCUUUUUUUUUUUUAAAUCAGGUGGUAUUUCUGACAAAACUCAAGAGCGUGUUAUGGUUUGCGUGACUUCUUCUUUAACAUUUUAUUAUUAUUGUUAUUAUUGUGAUUAGUAAAGAUCAUAUCGUGCAGCUCUAACCGCUGAGUGACCACUGCCCGACUGAAAGAAGUGUGCUUGUGUAAUUAGCUUGAAUUGUACAUUUAUGAAUAAGAUGAGCUCUUUUAAUUUCUGUUCAGCUAAUUUUGCCAUUGCUUGUUUCUGUUAAUACACAAAACUUAACCCACCCCGAACUACUCGCAUAUUAAUCUUUAUAAUUAAGUGGUUUAAACUGGCCUGAUUUCUCUUGGGUGAACUGGUUCCUACAUUACCCAUAAUGCCCUUUUGAAAUUAGGAUGAGAAUCACAAAUCUGUUAAUAUAAAUAUAUUUAACGUAAUUUAGGGUGGAGGUUUUUUUUUUUUACGGAAAGGGGAAUGUUUGUUUUAGUACAGCUACAUGCAUUGUAAAUGAUGAUGAUGAUGAUGAUUAUUAUUAUUAUUAUUAUUAUUCAUAAAUGGCAUAGCUGAAAGCAUGUGGUCCGUGAUGAUGGUUUUUAUUUUUAUUUUUUUAAUCUGUCAGGAUUUUUGCUUGUAAAAUUGACCUUUUGAAGUUUUAAUUCUGUCAUCGGAAAGAUUUGAGAAUCCCGAUCCCGAGUAAUUUUCCAUUGUCUCAUUGUGCAGUUUUCUUUUUCAUGUUUUGGAAAUAAAUUCACAUACUGUAA